AACAUAAUUGAGACUGGUAAUCAUACCCACUUCAUUUAAGAGAGAGAGAGAGAGAGAGACAGAGUGAGAGCGCGAAAUCAAGAGGCAGAGGAUAAUAUAUGCAGAGCACAGAGCACUCACAAGAAAUGGAAGAACACGGUGGGUUCGAAUCCAACGCCGUCAACGGCCUCGCUAUGCUCACCCUCAAUACCACCACCACCGAACCUCCGCCUUCCUCCGCCGCCGCCCAUUGCUGCACCAUGUGCGGCUCCUCCGUCAAAAGACGAUUACCCUCCUCUUCCUUCCCCCAAGAACCCACCCCCAAGAAACAACAACUCACCCUCCUCACCUCCUCCUACGCCGCCAAUAAAUUCCUCCCUCCGAUCAAUUCCGACACCGCAUCGCCACCCUCCGCCUCCACUCCCCUUCCCAUUCUCCGCCGCUCCUUCUCCGACCCCAUCAACUCUUCCGGAACCACCAAUCCCACUCCUCCUUCCCCACAAUUUUUGAACUCUCUCUCACCAGACAAUGCCAAGACAAACGCUUCAGCCACAACCCCGUCUCCGGCGAAGUCCACUGCCUCUCUGCCACCUCUCCCCCGGGUUCUCCGCCGAUCAGUCUCCGACCCAACUCAAUCCGCACCAAGAACAUUCUCACACUCACCCAUUUCUGGCGAGUUGGGUUCGGAGUUAAACAGGGGAGGAGAGAGUCCUAGUUCCAAGAGGCUGAAAAGAAUGAAGGAUCGGAUGAGAGAGAUGAUCCAAUGGUGGGAUGAAGUCAUGUGCGAAGGCGGUGAAAAAGAAUGUGGCUGUGCAGAGGAUGACAAUGGCGAUUUUAAUGGUGCUAACAAUAAUAAGAUUACAGAGGAUGAAAUUGCAGAAGGGACUGAAACAGAGGAAGCUGUGAGUGUGGAGAGAACAGGGGAGUGCUUGAUCAUUCACUUCAAGUGUCCCUGCAACAAAGGCUAUGAGAUUCUUCUUUCUGGCAAGAACUGUUACUACAAGUUGAUGUAGAGAUUCAUACUUUUAUACCCAUUUUCAUACUGAGCAUUCAUCAUUCUUGGGUUUCAUUUCUUUUUCAAAGAUUCAAAAUUUUCUUUUAGAUUUCAGGUUAGUGCUCAUCAUUCUUGGGAUUCAAUUUCUUUAAAAUUUUCAAAAUUUUUAGGUUUAGGUUGUACCCAUUUUCAAGUCAGUGUCCAUUGUUAUUUGGUGUCUUUUCUUGAGUCUUCACUUUGCAUAUUGGGUUUUAGAUGAAUUGCUAGCGAUCUGUUUGUUCUAUAGAAAUGGGAAUGAUUAAAUUCACUUUUUAUUUUCUCUCUCAUGGUUGGAUUCCAAAGAUCUUGUGAUGAUUUUGAUUGAAUGAUUACAAAAUUCUGUUCAUGGUUGAAGAAAAUGUUUU